AUGGACGAUGAGCGUCCAUAUCGCUCCCACACGAAGCCGGCAUGCAUACCAUGUCGGCGGAGGAAAUCCCGCUGCAAGAUCGAGCCCCACACCGAGGCCUGUUUGAUGUGUCGUGCGCACGGCACGGAGUGUACAUUCCCCAAUGGACGGGCAAAAGCGACUCACAAACGACCAUCUACGGAGACACUGCCAAGAAUCCCACAUCCGGCUGUACGCACAGAGCCAUUGAAUGACCCGAUGGUCGCAUCACCACAAUUGCCCUCACAGAUACCGAAUUUGGACACGCCGCUGUCACUCGAGGCGGACGAUGAUAACCCCCAUAUCCUGGGCCCGGUGGUCACGGGGGAUAGUCAUGUUCUGGCAGACUACCUGUCGAAUAUCUCGGGACAGGGCAUGCGUGAGAUCCGACCGGUUGAGCCUGGGAGCUCCUCGUCCCCGGUCAUUUUUACCAAAGUGCAGAAGAGGCCGUUGGGCCUGACCGUGAACUCCAAUCCGGCAAUGAAAAACCUAGAGACAAUUGAAAAGCUCGUGGAGCCGUGGGGGACACAUUUAAUUGAGUUAUACCUGAAGAAAGUCAAUCCGUGUCUUCCACUGCUUGACGAGAGUUCAUUUCGUGCUCAAUAUAUGAAUUCCAGACACCGGAUUUCCCCCGCCCUACUGGCCAACCUGUAUGCACAGUCACUCACCCAUUGGAGGCACGAUCCUGUUCUCUCGCGAGAGCGGUGUCCAGACUCUCGCUUUGUCUGGAAUCUCGCAAUAGAGGCAUCAUACUCUGAGUUGCACGCAUCAGCUGGUAUAUCCACGGUCAAAUCCCUGUUACUGGAUGUAGGCGGGCGCCCAACGACUUCAAUGACUGGGAAUGGUGUCAGGCUCAGCUCUGCCAUUUCGCUAUGCCAUUCACUAGGGCUGAACCGGAACCCGCUUCCAUGGGACAUUCCGCAAGCUGAAAAACACCUGCGAAUGAAGAUUUGGUGGUCUGUUCUGAUUCAUGAUCGUUGGUCCAGCCUCACUUACGGGACACCACCCCACAUACGACGCUCACAGUAUGACGUCCCACUGCCGAUUCCCGAAUAUCUGUCCGAUUGGGAAUAUAACCGCGCAGCGAAUUCCGUCUUCAUCGAGCUGAUGAAUCUCACCGAGGUACUUGACCAUUGCUUGGAGCAUGUGUACAACAUUCGCCUCGAAGGCCAGGGCCCAGCAAGAAACCUGGAACUUGAACUGAACAGAUGGGUGGAUUCGCUGGUAGGUGACAUUCGGAAAGUCAUCAUCCGCGGCUCGAAUCUCGACAUCCCUGGUGCUUCCAAUCUCCGGCUCGCAUACUUAGCCACGAGACUCUUGCUGAGGCGAAUCGACCUCGACAAGGAAAGGAAAGCACAAGAUCCCAGCUCAGAGGUAAUGGCAAAUCGUACCAUGGAGGCCCGCAGGACAGCAGAAGAUAUCGUAGUUUUGGUGCAAGAAUUAGGAGAGACGCAGCUCGGGGACUUUUGGCUUCCUGUUGCUGCAUUCACCUUUUCCUCAACGGUGACGUUUCUCAUUCGUUGUGCGUUGGAGACGGAGCAAACAGCCGGCCUUGCUGAAAGCGCUUCUUUGAGGAUGGCAAACGACUUCCUGGAGUCGCUGAGGUCACAUCAGCGGACCUCCGGAUGGGAUCUAGCGGAUAUCUGCCUGGCGCAGCACUCCGAGAUUGUUGAGAAGCUGUUGAACUCUCCGCCUCCCGUGAUGAAUUCGGAAUCAAACGCAGAGCAGCAUUUCAUGCACGACAUGGCAUUUGUGGACGAUCUGUUCCCAAGCAUCUGGGACACUUUGCAGAGUAUAUAG